UCGUCUACAGCUGGAGAACACCAACGGUGAGUUGCUGGUUUAUUCUUCAGCAUUUUCCUUAAAGUCCGUCUGGACAUUCAGAAGUUUAUAUCAUUUUACACAAAACAGCUAAUACAGUGAAACGAUCGAAGUAAAUCAUUCUUUCAUCUCUUUAAGGAAACGAAGAUUUCUGCUGUGAUCUACCGGGAAGAAAGUGUGAAGAUGGAGAUGAUGGUGUUUUUGGCAGCUCUUCUGCCUGUUUUAUUGGGCUGUGAUUGCGGUCAUGAUGUAGACAAACCGGUUGACUGCUCUGAUGUUUAUAAAUCAGGAGAAAACGUCAGUGGGAUUUACUCCAUCUAUCCAGCAGGUGAUGUUCCUGUCUGGGUUUACUGUCAGAUGAUCUCAGAUGGGAAAGAUGAAGACAAAGGAGGAUGGAUGGUGAUUCAGAGGAGAAUGGACGGCAGUGUGAAUUUCUAUCGGCCAUGGAAUCAGUACAGGAGAGGAUUUGGGAAUGUGGAGAGAGAAUACUGGCUGGGGCUGGAGAACAUGUACCAGGUGACACGCAACAGGAAGUACAUGCUGAGAGUGGAUCUGGAGGACUUUGAAGGAAGGAAGGGUUUCGCUCUGUACUCUUCCUUCUCUGUAGAUUGUGAGUGUGCUGGAUAUCAGCUGCAUGUUUCAGGAUUCACUGAUGGAGGAGCAGGCGACUCUUUAUCUGGCCAUAAUGGAUACAAGUUCUCCACCUUUGACAAGGACCAAGAUGCUUCAGAUAUUAAUUGUGCUAAACAGUAUCUUGGGGCAUUUUGGUACUCAGCCUGUCACAAUACAAACCCCAACGGAGUGUAUUUAUGGGGUGAAGAUCCCACCUAUUACGCCAUUGGUGUGGCUUGGUCAACAUGGAAGAAUUACGCAGUCAGUAUGAAAUUCAUCAGCAUGAAGAUAAAACGUGUGUCUUAGAAACAUUACAGUGCUUCUGAAGGGAGAACAUUUGUACUUAAUUUUAUGACCUCAGUUUUGUAUUUUAAGGUUUACGUUACUCUUUGAUUUGCGUAAAGAAUCAUUGUGUGAUUUGUAUGCCUGGUUUUGUAGUGCAUUGAAAUCUUUUGUGGAGUUCCUGUUUACAAGAUUCUUCACUAAAUAAACUUUCAGUAAACUCCUAGAGUGAAUUUAAA